AUGCCUUCCAGAUCAGAUGUGACCAAUUUCGGCGCAGGCCCAGCGGCCCUUCCUACUGACGUCAUUGAGGAUGCCGCUCAAGCUCUCGUCAACUAUGAGGGCACAGGCGUAGGCCUUGCGGAGUGGUCACACCGGUCGAGCAAGGCUGUGAAAAUUAUCAACGAAGCGAAAGAAAAUCUAGCGUCCUACCUUGACAUUCCAAACGACUACGAGAUACUCUUUAUGCAUGGCGGCGGUUCGGGCGAGUUUGCCGCCGUGGCUUAUAACUUUGUCGGUGCUUGGGUUGCUCGCAAAGAGAGGGAGCUCGCCAGCUCAGGCCUGGAGCUUCAAUCGGCCGUGACAAAACUCAAGAUGGAUUAUAUUGUCACCGGUGGAUGGUCGCAGAAGGCAGCGGACGAAGCGAAGAGACUCUUUGGCUCGGAGCAUGUCAAUAUUGCGGCGACUAGUAAAAAGUCGGACGGUACGUUUGGAGGCACGAUUCCAGACGAGAGCACGUGGAACCUCUCGCAAGAUGCCGCCAUGGUCUAUUACUGCGACAACGAGACCGUUGAUGGCGUCGAAUUCCCCGCGUUUCCCACCUCCCUGGCGCCGGGGGCGAACGGACCGAUUGUCGUGGCCGACAUGAGCUCCAACAUUCUUUCAAGGACGAUCCCGAUCAAAAACUUCUCCGCCAUCUUCUUCGGGGCCCAAAAGAACCUCGGGAUGACGGGCAUAACCGUUGUGGUGAUCAACAAGCGCUUCCUACCGCAGCCUUCUGCGGACUUGAUGAGAAAGCUGGGUCUGCCCAUUCCACCUCGAAUCCUCGAGUAUGACACGAUUGCAAAAAACAACAGCCUCUACAAUACGCUCAGCAUCUUUGAUGUGUAUGUCGCAGGGCAGGUUCUCAAGAGGCUUCUUCGCCAGCAUCCCAAAGUGCAAGGACAGCAAGCCAUAGCCGAAGAAAAGGCGCAACUAAUCUACGGAGCUCUCGAGGCCCAUUCUGAUCUAUAUCGCAUCAUUCCUGACAAGUCAGUACGGUCACGCAUGAAUAUCUGCUUCAGGAUCGAAGGUGGCGAUGCGUCGGAGAAAGCUUUCCUGGACGAGGCUGAAAGUCUAGGAUUUAUGGGGCUGAAAGGUCACCGCAGUCUGGGAGGGAUUCGGGCAAGCAAUUACAACUCGAUCUCUCCCGAGGAGGCGAAGAAGCUUGCCAAGUUUAUCAACACCUUUGCAUCGCAACGAGGGGCUCUUGCGAACGAACAAAAGUAG